AUGCUUUCAAUUCAUACUUAUCGUCAAUCAUCAAAGAAAACUGCAGUGGACUACGCAGAAGCACAGUUUUCAAACAAGAAGAAGUUUGAUGGGCAGCUUGGCUCUUUGGCUACAUCAAAAGAAGAACAUUUGUCUUCGGAUGAAACUGUCGUUAUGAUUCCAGUUGAAGAUGUGAUCAAUAUCCACUAUACAUCUGAUGUAAAGAAGAGUGUUAAAGCACAGGAACAUUCACGUAUUGUGCCCGUCGUUGCAGGAAAUGGAUGUUGUGGUGGCUGCUGUAGAAAAGCUUCGCCGCCACUACGCCAAACCGAUAUAGUAGAAGCAAAGAAUGCACAACGAGUUAUAACAAUACAUCUUCAGUAUUCAAAGUACAGUAAUCUAGAUACAGUAUCAAAUGCACGAAUUCUUCCUGAAGCAGAUCGUGCACAGUUCUACAAGAACCACUUUCGACCGAAUGAACAACUGAACUUCUAUCUAGUUCGGAAUGCAGAGUAUGAUUCAGCUAACUUUGAUCAGAAAAAAGAGCAAGCUGAAAAUCUUUGUCGUAUUAUCAUGCAGCUGAAAGGAAUAAACGGUAGUAUUAAUGAUAAUCGUGUGCGUCUUAUUACGAAAGAAAAUGUAGAACUUCCUGCUGCUCCUAUAUGCUAUCCAAGUCCACAAGAGCUUCAAGAAAUAUUGAAUCAGCCGUACUUGGGUGUCUUUGGUGAUGUACAUAAGGAACGUUUACAUUCAAUUCAGACACAGCAAGAUUUUGGGACACAUGUGCCAAUACCCGUAACGACAACGGUUGUAACAACAGCAACAAUGCGACCAACGGAUACGACAACGAAAAAAAAUGAUUGA